GCUGGUCACAAGGAAAUGAGCUCAAGAUUGGUGAAGACAGGAUGCUCGACUGUGCUGAAGGGUGUGGAACUCCUUCGAGACCCUUUCAAAAAUAAAGGUCUCGAUUUCACUGAGACGCAACGCCGCGAGCACAAUCUGAAUGGUCUCUUGCCGGUGUUGGUGGACAGUGAAUCGGCGUUUCAGGAGCGUCUCAACAUGGCGCGUCUUCAGCGUAUUGCAGCGGACUUCGACAAAUAUGAAUAUUUGAUGCACAUAUACGACACUAAUCGUGGCCAUUUCUUCCGCCUUAUGAACCGCCAUACCGCUGAUCUGAUGCCCCUCGUCUACACCCCCACUGUGGGUGCGGCCUGUCAGGAGUAUUCACUCGUCCAUCAGCCUGGAAGAGGUCUCUUUAUUCCCAUCACUGAGGGUGGCAACAUUCGUGAAUUGCUUCGCAACUGGCCCUACGUCGACAAGAUCAAGGCCAUCGUUGUUACCGAUGGUGAACGAAUUCUUGGCCUUGGCGAUUUGGGCUGCUUCGGGAUGGGCAUUCCGGUGGGUAAGCUGGCUCUCUGCUCUGGUUUGGCUGGCAUCCCCUCCGAGUCUCUACUUCCUGUUGUCAUCGAUGUUGGCACCAACAACGAGGUUAGUGUGCUAUCAUCUUUCGCCCAGCAACACUUGGAGAUGCUUUUAAAUUCAAGUUCUAUUGUCUCUACUCCUGUUGCUGAUCAAGAACUGGGAAGGGAUACAAGUAUCUCCAGACCUAGGACAAAAUUCUUUAUCGCUUUCUUUGACCUAAAGUUGUUCACAAUGUCCACACUCUCCCGCGACCGUAGGCAAAAGUAUAGUGGUGCUGGUCUUGGCAGGACCGAUUCGACAACACAGUCGAACGAGGCGAUUUUCUUUCUGGACAAGGUGAAGCGUAGGAAACUGGCGUCAUCUGAAGGGUCGAAGCUGCUUUCAAGCCCUCUUUACUUUGGCUUGCGUCAUAAACGCGUCACCGGAGAUGCAUACGAUGGCUUCGUGGACGAGUUCUUAAAGGCCUGCGUUGAUGUUAGCAUUUCCAAGUUAAACUUUGCUGCAGCGUCCCUUUCCCUACCAAAUCGAGCUUGCGAUCCAUUUGACCUUACUCGUGGCGAUACUGAAUUAAGGUCGCCGAUAAACAAUGGGAACGUCUUGCAAGUUUUCCAAAUCACCUGCCUUCGCAUUUUGCCUUUCAACGCGGCCCAAUCUGUUUACCAUUAUCAGUCGGUGUACUUGUUCACUGAGUGUUUCCAUUUCAGUUUUGGGAAGGAUGUUCUGAUCCAGUUUGAGGACUUUGGCAAUCAUAACGCUUUUCGUUUCCUCAAGAAGUACCGCGAAAAGUACUGCACUUUCAAUGAUGAUAUUCAGGGAACUGCUUCAGUGAUUCUCUCUGGGAUGCUCUCUGCCUGUCGUGCGACGGGCCGCCGAUUGAAGGAGGAGAACAUUGUCUGCUUUGGUGCAGGUGAAUCGAUGAUCGGUUUUGCCAACCUUCUGGUCGCGUGUCUCAAGUCGCGCUCUGGUCUGAGUGAGGAGGAGGCAAAGAGUCAUCUCUGGUUGGUUGACAGUCGUGGUCUCAUUGUGGAAGGACGAUCAUCGGGUGGAAUUAGCGCGGAAAAGGCGCCAUUUGCACGCCCUGCUGGCUCCGUUCCGGAGAUCAAGGAUUUGAAGGAGGUCAUCGUUGCGGCCAAGGCGACAACACUGAUUGGUGCUUCAGCGGUGCCAGGUGCCUUCAACGAUCAAGUGUUAGCCGCCAUGGCGAAGCAAUGCCCACGUCCUCUCAUCUUCGCGCUCAGCAACCCUACGCACAAGUCGGAGUGCACCGCUCUUGCUGCCUACAAGGCCACCAAGGCAUGUUUCUAUCUCGUCUCAUUCCUCUUAGGCCAUUAUCAGUUCCUGCAACCCCUGCUUUAUGGCAGUCCCUUUGAUCCUCUGACUUUGGAUGCCUCUGACGUGCCACCGAAUACCUCAUUGGCGAGAAAACCGGGUCAGGCCAACAACGCCUACAUCUUUCCGGGUCUCGUGUUGGGCAUCUCGUCUACCAACAUUCAUCCCGUCACUGAGGAGGACUUUAUUGUCGCUGCGGAGACUCUUUCUGAGAACGUAGACGAUGCAGACUUAUGUCAGGGCAGCCUCUAUCCACCGUGGGACAAGAUACGCUGCGUUUCCCUUGCAAUCGCGCGACAGGUAGCGCACCGUGCCUUUCAACAGAAUCGCGUGUGGCUGAAUCGUUGUCAGGGCAAGGAGGGUGGACUGCAGGAGGAGGAUAUCGAUGGCGCUAUUCUCAAGAUGGCCAGCUAUCCAGAUCCCCCUUUGGCGGCGAAACCGGCCUCCUGCUAA